GUUUACACUGAUAACCCACCACAUCGCUACGUCGGCUCGUGGUCGGCGCCCAGUCUUUAGACAAGAUUUUUGGCCUGGACUGGCACGGUUAAAUACCGCAUAAAUCAUGCUAAUUUUACAAAGGUUUUAGGCUCGGGACCCAGAGCGUUAGCAGGCUGUUACAGCGUCGCAAGCUGCUCGUUGGACCCUCGCGAUGGCCGCGAGCAACAGCAGGGCCUGCCCUGUGCUGAGGCCGACUUUAGAGGAGCUUAAGAAAUACACUUUUGAGCAGUAUGUUGAGAAGCACGAGAAGAAGAUCGCGGAGGCGGGCAUCGCCAAGAUUGUGGCACCGGAGGGAUGGACGCCGCGCCAGGAGGGCUACGCGGAUGACCUGGACUUCCACAUCGAGCGGCCCAUCCGGCAGCACGCCACCGGCAGCCGCGGGCUGUACCGCGGGCUGUACAUCGAGGAGAAGCCCAUGAGCCUGGCGCAGCAGUUCAAGCCGCAGGCGCUGGCCCCGGAGAACCAGCCGCCGCCCGCGGGCGACCCCGCCGACCUGGAGCGCAAGUUCUGGAAGAACGUUACUCUGCGCCCGCCCCUGUACGGCGCUGACGUGGCCGGGUCGCUGUUCGACGAGGAUUGCGAGCACUGGAACCUGCGCGGCCUGGACACGGUGCUGACGCGGGUGCUGCAUGCCUCCGGCCACUCGCUGCCGGGCGUGUCAGAGCCGUACCUCUACUUUGGCACAUGGCGAAGCACCUUCGCAUGGCACACCGAGGACAUGGACCUCUACUCGGUCAACUACCUGCACUACGGCGCGCCCAAGCAGUGGUACUGCAUCCCUCCUGGCCACCGGCGCCGGUUCGAGGGCCUCAUGCGCGACAUGCUGCCCGAGAUGUUCCGGGCCUGCCCCGAGUUCUUCAGGCACAAGGAGCUGAUCAUCAGCCCGCAGCUGUUGGACCACUACGCCAUCCCCUACAUCAAAACCGUGCAGCUCCCGCGCGAGUUCGUGAUAAACUACCCGGGCGCCUACCACGCUGGCUACAACUGCGGCUACAACUGCGCCGAGUCCGUCAACUUCGGCACGCGGCGCUGGAUCCCGCUGGGCGCCGUGGCGUCCGUGUGCAGCUGCAACCCCGACAGCGUCAGCAUCGACAUGCGCCUCUUCAGGGAGCUGGUGCCCAAGAAAUGGCUGCCGGCCGACAUCUGGGAGGACACCAGCAGCGAGGACGAGGACGAGGAGGAGAGCGGCAGCGACGGAAGCGGCAGCGACAGCGACAGCAGCAGCGGGGAGGAGGAGAGCGAGGAGGAGGAUGCGGGAGGUGGUGAGCAGGAGCAGGCGGCGGCGAGAAAGCGCGGCAAGAAGGCCGCGGUGCAGCCGAAGGCCAAGUCCAAAGCGCCCAAGGCGAUGGUCAAGGGCGGGCGGCGUAUGAUGGCGGCUUCGGUGCCGGCGGGGGCUGCCGCGGCGGGCCGCGGCGGCAGCUCGAAGCGCGGCCCCGGCCGGCCACGUGCGAAGCCGGAGGUGGUGCCGGAAUUUAGCAGCAGCAGUGAUGAGGAAGACGUGGACGACGAGGAGGAGGCGGGCGAGGGGGAGGGGCAGCAGCGGGAGCCGGCGACCAAGCGGCGCCGGACAGCAGCCGCCGCGUCUGGGUCUGCAGGAGCGCAGCCGAAUGGUGCCGUGCCGGGCAAGCGGCCGCGCGGGCGGCCGCGCAAGCACCCGCUGCCCACGCCUGAGGAGCUAGCAGCCAAGGCGGCACAGCCCAAGCGGCCGCGCGGCCGCCCGCGGAAGCAUCCGCUGCCGGGGGCAGGCGAGGGGGCUGGCACGUCGGCCGGCACCUCGGCUGAGGCAGGAGCAACGGGACCGGCCGGGGGCACGCCCGCCAAGCGGCCGCGCGGGAGGCCGCGGAAGAACCCGCCGCCGCCAGCCGGCGAGAUGGCGGCGCCCGCUGUGGCCGCGGCGGCGGCAGAUACGACGGCGGCCGCGACGCCAGCGGCACCCGCUGCGGCCGCGGCGGGGGGAGAGAGCGGCACGGUGCCGGGCAAGCGGCCGCGCGGGCGGCCGCGCAAGCACCCGAUCCUGACGCCGGAGGAGCAGGCGGCGCUGGCGGCGGCCAAGGCGCUGCAGCCGAAGCGGCCGCGCGGCAGGCCACGGAAGUACCCCCUGCCCAACGCCCCGGUCUCAGGCGGGGGCGAGACGACGGAGGCGGACGUGGAGGACGCGGACGCUGGCGCGGCGGGCCCGUCUGCUGUGCCGCCGGGCCCGGCGGCUGCAGGCCCCGAGGCAGGCGCGGUGCUGGCCGCUGCAGGUGCAGAAGCAGAAAGGGCGGGGUUGGCGCCCACCCGGCGGUCGCUGCGCAGGCAGGCGGCGGAGGGAGUGGCCGCGGCUGUGGCUGCUCUGACGCGGCUGGCCACGACACCGCCGCCCGAUGACGUGGGGGAGGUGGAGGCGGCAGCAGCUGCUGGGGCGCUGGUAGCGGGCAAGGCCAGCAAGGCGGCGAUCGUGGCGCCGGUGCCGCAGGCGGUGGUGGCGGCAGCCGCCGCUGCCGCCGCACCCCGCCGCGUCGGGCGGGCUCCGAAGGCCCUGUCGCCAUCGCUCGGCGCCGUGACCUCAGAGGACGGCGGAAUGUCGCCUGGGCCGGAGGAGGAGCCAGGAGAGCUGGAGGCGGCUGUGGGUCUGGGCGAGGGCGGGGGCGGGGACGAGCCAGUGAAGCGGCCGCGGGGUCGGCCGCGGAAGUCGCGGCCGGGCCAGGUCGCGCUGCUGGCGGCGGUGGCACGGGUGGCGGCGCGGGCGGAGGCCCGAGCGCCGGAGGCGGCCGGGCCCAUGUCGGAGGGUGGGGAGGCGGACGGUGGCGACGCCGGGGCGGCGGGAGGCACCGCCGAGCCGGCAGCGGCGCCUGCCAAGCGCCCUCGCGGCCGGCCAAGGAAGCAUCCCCGCCCGGAGGAGGGCACGCCCACGCCGGCGCCGGAGGCAGCUCCGCAGCAGGAGCAGGCACCGGCUGGUAAGGAGGAGCCGGCAACGGUGGUGGUGGCGGCGGUGGCAGAGGCAGGGGCUGGGGCCGCAGAGGCGGUGGCCGGUGCCGCGGGCAGCGGAGGUGAGCCAACGCAGCCAGCGGCCGCGUCGCCGCACCGCUCGCCCACGGCCUCCCCGGCAUCCAUGUUCUCUGCCCCAGAGCAGGAAAACGUCGCCGUUGCUGCUGCCGCCGCUUCCGCCGCAGCCGCAGCCGCUGCUGCCGCCGCUGCUGAGGCAGCAGUGGCCGCGGCCGGCGGUGCUUCGGCGGGCGGUGCAGCCGCAGCCGCCGGGGCCGGCGCAGCUGCCAGGCUGCUGCCUGGCGGCCGCGGGCUUCUGGAGAUACUAGGCUUCCGCAUCGGCGCCGGGACGGGUGCCAAGCACGAGUAGCUAGCUGCUGGCGCUGCGGCUGGCUAUAUGCUGGCCACGACUGGUGCUGUGGCUGUAUAGCUCGCAGCCUGCGUGGCUGGCGGGGGAGCCAUGGGCAUUGCGUGCCAGCUGGAGCACGCAGCAGGCCAUGAUUGUCACAAUACGAUGUGGGGAGACGGAGAUAGUACCUGGUUGGAUGGAGACUCGGGUGUGAGGAGGCGACAUAUAUGACACAGAAUGUGUGUUUCGAACAGGUGUUGACAGAGUGGUGGCUGUAUUUGCAAGAGGGACACGCACGUGCCCGCAAGUGGUGACCGACAAUUACGUUUGAACAAAUUUGAGAGAUGGUGUUUGCGUGACCUGGUCGACUGCGACGUCGUUGUUUGGUGGUCCGUUUGCCGGUGUCUGACGAUGAGUGUGUUACGUGGUGUCUACCUGUUGCUGACGUGAAUCACGUACCUUCGCGUUGCAAUCCUCUGUAACUCAACGCGAGGAUGCAGUUUUGGUUUGCUGACUUGAUUACAGAGUGCUGACGUGCAGCUGACGCCCGGACAGUCUGAAGCCUGGUCACGCGGUGCGGAACUGCGUGUGAUGGCAUGUGAGGACUCGUAUCGACUAGACGGUUGAGGCUGCAAAAGAGCUUUACAAUGGUAACCUGGUGAUGACCACGUGCUUGUAACUGCGUAACUAC